CUCGUGAAGACUGUAGGGUUCGGGUGCUCUAGCGUGCUAAAUUUAUCUUCAGACCAGCUACCGCGCCAGCCGCGAAUCGGAUCUCUAUGGAGGUGGCCUAGGCGAUAUCCCUGAGCUGAGAGCAUCACCCUGUCCCCGAAUCCUUCUUUCCUCUGUUUUGUUUUUCAUUCCCCUUCCCUUCUCCCCUCCCCCUCCAGUCCGCGACGACUGGCUCUUGACCCUGUUCAGGCCUCGGUGAAGGUGAGGAGCAGAGCCGCCACCGCGGCUAAGCGGUGCGCUCUGAAAUGGCCGCUUCCCGGAGCUGUGUAAAAUGGCGGUCGCGGGCUCAGCAGGGGACCGCGGCGCUGCUGUGCAGCCCAGCCGCGGCGAAGACCGUUCUCUCCAUCGCUGAUGGACAUGAAGUAGAGAGAUGGUAUUGGGUGCUGAAACGUUUUCAUGUGGUCGUUAGCGGAGGCGGCCACCCGGGGACGCGAGAGGAAUUCUGAGGCAAGGGUGGGCUGCGACUGGUAGCGAGCCUCCCAGUCGUGGAGAUCUGCCGGCAGCGCGCACCUGUGACAGGGAGGCGCUGAGGGGUAGUUGGCCCUGGCUGCACAUCCAGGUGACGGUUUAGAAAAGCAUUUAGGUGUUGAAGUACCCACCUUUUUGGCUGACCUGCACUCAGACCCUGCCCUCCUGACCCUAAGGGUAUUGUUACCAGCCGGAACCGCCCGAGGGGAAGGGGGGAAAGGAUUGUGAUACCUGUCAGUUUACCCGGAAGGAAACCAAAGACGAAGGUUUUACCCGCUCUUCAGGGAGUGGAAUGGGAACUUUACUCUCAAGGGAGUCCAGAUUCUUUGUCCUCCAGAAAUUCUGGGGAAUCACCUUUGAAGAGGUGGGGAUGAGAACCUCCUUUCUGAAAACAAAAGCUUCCUUCUCUUCUGUGUCCUUCUCUAGCGACGAGGGAGAGGGAUUCUAAUCUUAGGUGAACCAGCAUCUCCACAAAGUUCUCCGAUGCAAAAUCCAAAUGGAGACUAUGGAAGGAAAAUCUGCUUUUUUGCUCCCAAUAAGAAGUGGGGCUUUCUGCUGUUGUCAGUAUGAGACCCUCGACUUUCUGGCAGUUGUAACCCACUGUUCAUCUAUUUCUCUGUGUAGCCUUAACUGCUAGUAACCAGAUUUUUUGUAGUUGGGGUAUUAAAACUAUUGAGGAACACACAAGUAAUGGCUAGACACAUGGGCUAUGCAGUCAAACUUUUUGGGUUCUGUACUUGGCUUUUCACUUAGAAGAGGUGUUAACUUAGCGAGAUGUGUUAAUGUCUCUGUGUCUGUUUAUCUCUAAAGUGGGGUUAUUAAUAGUCCUUGUCUCUUCAUAGAUGAGGUCAUCUAUAUGAGGAAUUUAGCACAAUUAUUGGCAUAUAAUAAACAAUGAUCACUCAUUAAACAUUGUUUCCCUGAGAAGAUUGGUUAUUGGGGGGCUAAAAGUGAUUGUAGUGGAAGGACUAUUUCUUGUAAUAGUUCUAUGUAUAAUUCCAUUUUAGAUUCAAGGCCUAGUUUUAGAGACAUUAAGAUGCGACUGUACUUUUAAAAAUUAGGUUUAAAGUUCUUGAAAGUGUGUUGUUGUUUAACAUAUUUUUAUGAAGUGAGUAGAUGGGGGAACAUCUCAAAGCAGCUAAAUUGCCAGAAUAUUGAACAGGAUGAAAAUGUUAGAAUUUUUGCUAUGCGAGACGUCUUCUGUUUCAGUCUAAGAUCUGCAUGGCAGGAAAGAAUCGUUUGCACUGCUUAGAUCCAGAAAGAUUGGUCAUCUUACAGGCUUAUAGUUCUGCUUGUUAUCGUGUCUAAUUUUAAUUUUUCUCAUUCUAGGCUUUUGGUUACUCCCCUUCCCACCCCAUCCCUUAUUUUUAUUAUUUUGAAGCGUGCGUUUCAAGCUGCCAAGGUGGAGAGAGGGAUUACAGAAAGGAGAACGCCUUAUUUCAGCUUUUAUUUUUAUGUGAUAAUCUACCUUUAAGAAAAGGUGUACCAUACCUGAGAGCACCAGGAAGUCGCAUGAGAGAUCACCUGAUACAUGAACGUAUGAUGUUCCAUCUGCGCAUUGAUGCAUAGGCAGCAUUUACAAAUUAACUGAUGUGUUGCUGUGUAUCAUCUCUUUGAUGAUUGCUCGUCUUCUUUGUAUCCUGUCUUAUAAUUUCAACACAUUUGUGAUACUCAAUGUCUGUUCUAAAUUAACUAUGUUUUGUACCACAAACUCAUCGCCCAUGGAUCUGUUGCUGAAACAAGGAAGUCUUAAACAAGAAGUGGAAUCUUUCUGUUAUCAGAUUGUGUCUGAAUCAAAUGAUCAGAAGGUUGGAAUAUUACAAAGUGAAGAUAAACAGUUGCAGCCUUCAGUUUCUAAAAAAUCAGAAGGUGAGCUUUCCAGGGUCAAAUUUAUAUCCAGUUCCAACAAAAUAACAUUUAGUAAAAAACCAAAAAGAAGAAAAUAUGAUGAAAGUUAUUUGUCUUUUGGAUUUACUUACUUCGGAAAUAGAGAUGCACCUCAUGCUCAGUGUGUAUUAUGUAAGAAAAUUUUAUCAAAUAGCUCUUUAGCACCUAGUAAGCUUCGAAGACAUUUGGAAACUAAACAUGCUGCAUAUAAAGACAAAGACAUAAGCUUUUUCAAGCAACAUCUUGAUUCACCUGAAAAUAAUAAACCCCCAACGCCUAAAAUUGUGAAUACAGAUAAUGAAAGUGCUACAGAAGCAUCAUACAAUGUAAGUUACCAUAUAGCACUGAGUGGAGAGGCUCAUACUAUUGGAGAAUUGCUUAUCAAACCUUGUGCAAAAGAUGUAGUGAUGCGGAUGUUUGAUGAGCAAUAUAGUAAAAAAAUAGAUGCAGUACAGCUAUCAAACAGUACUGUUGCACGUCGAAUUAAGGAUCUAGCUGCUGACAUUGAAGAAGAGCUUGUUUGUAGACUGAAAAUUUGUGAUGGGUUUUCACUGCAACUAGAUGAAUCAGCUGAUGUUUCAGGACUUGCUGUGCUGCUUGUGUUUGUUCGUUAUAGGUUUAAUAAGUCUAUUGAGGAAGACCUACUCCUGUGUGAAUCUUUGCAAAGUAAUGCUACAGGUGAAGAAAUAUUCAACUGUAUUAACAAUUUUAUGCAGAAACAUGAAAUUGAAUGGGAAAAAUGUGUUGAUGUUUGUAGUGAUGCUUCUAGGGCAGUGGAUGGGAAAAUUGCCGAGGCUGUCACCUUAAUAAAAUAUGUGGCUCCCGAAAGCACCAGUAGUCACUGCCUAUUAUAUAGACAUGCACUAGCAGUUAAAAUAAUGCCUACAUCUCUAAAAAACGUGCUAGACCAGGCAGUACAAAUCAUCAAUUAUAUUAAAGCUCGACCACAUCAAUCCAGACUACUAAAAAUUUUAUGUGAGGAAAUGGGUGCUCAGCACACAGCACUUCUUCUAAAUACAGAGAUAAGGUGGCUUUCUCGAGGUAAAGUUCUUGUAAGACUUUUUGAGCUUCGUCGUGAACUUUUGGUUUUCAUGGAUUCUGCUUUUCGACUAUCUGAUUGUUUAACAAAUUCAUCUUGGCUGCUAAGACUUGCAUAUCUUGCAGAUAUUUUUACUAAAUUAAAUGAAGUUAAUUUGUCAAUGCAAGGAAAAAAUGUGACGGUUUUUACAGUAUUUGAUAAAAUGUCAUCAUUGUUAAGAAAAUUGGAAUUUUGGGCUUCAUCUGUAGAAGAAGAGAACUUUGAUUGUUUUCCUACACUCAGUGACUUUUUGACUGAAAAUAAUUCUACGGUUGAUAAAGAUAUUUGCAGUGCCAUUGUGCAGCACCUUAGGAGUUUGCGCUCUACUCUGUUAAAAUACUUUCCUGUAACAAAUGACAAUAAUGCUUGGGUUAGAAAUCCAUUUACAGUUACUGUUAAACCAGCCUCAUUAGUAGCACGGGACUAUGAGAGCCUGAUUGAUUUAACAUCUGAUUCUCAAGUGAAACAAAAUUUCAGUGAACUUUCACUAAAUGAUUUUUGGAGUAGCCUAAUUCAGGAAUACCCAUGCAUUGCAAGACGUGCAGUGCGUAUACUUCUUCCUUUUGCUACAAUGCACCUGUGCGAAACAGGGUUUUCAUAUUAUGCUGCAACAAAAACAAAAUAUAGGAAAAGACUUGAUGCUGCACCUCAUAUGCGAAUCCGACUCAGCAACAUUACCCCUAAUAUUAAGCGGAUAUGUGAUAAAAAGACACAAAAACACUGUUCUCAUUAAAGUUGGAGGGGUUUGCAUGUCUCAUAACCAAAUGUAAGAUGAAAAUAAAAGGUGAUUUACUUCA